AUGAAUACGCUAUUAAGACUUGUGCGCUGGUCAACCCAACACACGAGACUUGGUUCUGCCGUUCCAACACCAUUGACCGUCUUCUGCUUUUCUCGGACGGUGCAUCGAUGCUUCCACACUUCUGGUUCAUUCUCUUAUCCUCGCCCAUCGAGACCCUUAAGGUACCCGAGGUCGGCGAAUGGGUCUGGCUCGAGAGGUAGCGGUCGUGAGACCGGUGCACCGAAGGAACCGGGCCGAGUAGAUGAGGCUACCGAGGCAGAGUCGACUGGUGAAAACUCAGUGUCUGCCUCAAAGCCAGAUGACAAUGGGGAUAGGGGGUCGCCUCCUCGGUCUUCAUCUUCAUCGAGUAGUUCCGAUGAGCCCCCGGACGAUGGGAAACCCCCGGCCAAAUCCCCGCCUCCCGAAUCCGAUUCACCUCCCCCCUCAACAUCAAUAUCCAAGCAAUCUGUUCCAGAAUCCUACCCCCAGGUAUUGGCGCUCCCUAUCACGCGCCGACCUCUCUUCCCCGGCUUUUACAAGGCGGUAGUCGUCAAACACCCAGCUGUAGUAGCUGCAAUUAAGGAAAUGAUGAAGCGCGGCCAACCAUAUAUUGGAGCCUUUCUGCUAAAGGACGAAAAUGCUGACAGUGAUAUCAUAACAGACUUGAGUGGGGUGCACAGAACUGGAGUAUUUGCCCAAAUCACUAGCGUCUUUCCUGCCAGUAGCCCCUCCAAUGGGAGGGACGAAGAAAAGGAUGAUAGCCUGACCGUGGUUCUUUACCCUCAUCGACGUAUUCACAUCAACGAAUUAUUACCCAUUCGCACGGAAACGGAUCCCGUGCCAUCAGAAACAGCCACGGGAGGCGCAGACGUCACUGGACCGGACCAGAAAGAUCCCCAAUCACUAAACACCGAGCCCCGUGAGCUGCUCCCCAAUCCUGAUGGCACAUCCGCUGACUUGAAGAACUUCGUAGCUCCUAUACACACGUCUUUCCUUCAUGAUUUCUCGGUUUCCAUCGUUAACGUAGAUAAUCUAACUGCUCAGCCAUUCAACAAAUCCAAUCAGUACAUUCGCGCAGUCAUGUCUGAGAUUGUGUCCGUCUUCAAAGAUAUAGCGCAGCUCAAUCCUUUGUUCCGGGACCAGAUCACAAACUUCACGAUUUCUCAAUCCGCCAACAAUGUCUUUGACGAACCCGACAAACUCGCUGACUUCGCUGCCGCCGUAUCUACUGGCGAAGUUGAAGAGCUUCAGGACGUCUUGGAAAGCUUGGUGAUCGAGGACCGCCUCCGGAAAGCACUUCUCGUUCUCAAAAAGGAACUUAUCAAUGCCCAGUUACAAAGCAAGAUCUCGCGAGACGUGGAGAGCAAAAUUCAGAAACGUCAGCGAGAGUACUACCUCAUGGAGCAGUUGAAGGGGAUCAAGAAGGAGCUUGGUAUGGAGUCGGAUGGCAAGGACAAACUAAUUGAGAAGUUCAAAGAGCGGGCUGAUUCGCUAAAGAUGCCUGAGGGCGUUCGAAAAGUCUUCGAAGAGGAGCUGGCUAAACUUCAGCAUUUGGAACCUGCCGCUUCUGAAGCUAACGUGACAAGGAACUACCUCGACUGGUUGACGCAAAUUCCUUGGGGUGUUCACUCCCCUGAGAACUUCUCGAUAUCUCAUGCUGUUAAAGUCUUGGAUGAAGAUCACUAUGGAUUGACCGACAUUAAAGACCGUAUCCUAGAGUUUCUUGCUGUGGGAAAACUUCGAGGAUCCGUUGAAGGAAAGAUUAUUUGCUUCGUUGGUCCUCCGGGUGUUGGCAAAACGUCUAUUGGGAAGUCCAUUGCCAGGGCCUUGAACAGGCAAUUCUUCCGCUUUUCGGUUGGUGGCUUGACAGAUGUGGCUGAGAUCAAAGGACACCGUCGAACUUAUGUUGGGUACAAGUUGAUAGCUCUGCCGAGCAAAAUCAUUCAGGCGUUGAAGCGUGUGGGCACAGAGAACCCUCUCAUUCUCAUUGAUGAAGUAGACAAGAUUGGCCGCGGGAUCAACGGGGACCCCUCAAGCGCAUUGUUGGAAAUGCUGGAUCCAGAGCAGAACUCAGCGUUCCUAGACCAUUACAUGGAUGUACCAGUGGAUCUUUCUCGGGUUCUGUUCGUGUGCACCGCCAAUAACCUCGAUACCAUCCCAGCACCUCUGCUUGACCGCAUGGAGGUUCUACAGGUCAGCGGGUAUGUCUCUGAGGAGAAAUCAGUCAUUGCAGAGCGGUACCUGGCACCUCAGGCGAGGGCUGCUUCUGGACUCAAAGAUGUGGACGUGACCUUAAGUGCCGAUGCAAUCAAUAUCCUCAUUCAAUACUACUGCCGGGAAAGUGGUGUUCGAAAUUUGAAGAAGCAUAUUGACAAAGUAUAUAGGAAAGCGGCUCUCAAAAUUGUUCGCGAUCUUGGGGACCCAGAGAAUGAUACUGAUUCGACGGCAGAAACAGAGCUUUCGGCGCCACCCUCCCCCUCUGCUGAGGUGUCUCCAACAGUGCUCAAACCCGGUACUGACAGCGACGCCGACGCAGCUUCGGACACCCCAGGUGCGAAUGCUACGGCAACCCAGGAGCCAGAUAAAAAGGUCGUUACCACCCAGGAAGGCAAACCCAUGGCUGUUCCCGACACGGUGCAUCUCCAAAUCACACCUGACAACCUCAAGGACUACGUUGGACCCCCUAUCUACCAAAAGGACCGUUUCUAUACCCGUGCUCCCCCAGCAGGUGUCAGCACUGGUUUAGGAUACCUUGGAAAUGGUUCAGGAUCGGUCAUGCCUGUUGAAGCUUCAGCUAUGCCUGGAAAGGGCGUGUUACAACUUACGGGCAAGCUGGGUGAAGUUAUCCGUGAGAGUGCCCAGAUCGGUUUGAGCUGGGUCAAGACGCACGCAUUCGAACUUGGUAUCACACCGUCGCCUACGGAGCCCACACUCAAGGAUCAAGACAUCCACCUUCAUAUGCCAGAGGGGAGCAUCGGGAAGGAAGGUCCGAGUGCGGGAACGGCAAUUAUUACAGCCUACGUCUCGCUGCUGACCAAGACACCUGUUAAUCCCGACAUAGCCAUGACUGGUGAGGUAUCCCUAGUCGGGCAAGUUCUCCCCGUGGGAGGAUUGAAGGAAAAAAUUCUCGCAGCACACCGAGCGGGAAUCAAAACAAUUAUUGCUCCUGGUGCGAAUCGUGCUGAUAUUGAAGAGAAUGUUCCUGCUAGCGUAAAGACUGGUAUUCGAUUUGUCUACGUAGAGGACAUCAGGCAUGUUUUGCACGAAGUAUUCAAUGGCCAUCCGGUACAGGAGCGCUGGAAGGACACGAUGCCUUAUGAAAGCGGAGAUCCGAUUCCGAUACAGCCAACUAUCACCCCACCUCCAUCUCCCCAAACUCCCUCACCUCAGGCGCUUUCGUCUGACCGUUUGCCCAUUUCCUUGCGCUGCACAUAG